CCAACCUGGGGGGGUAGUUCAGCACCAGUCCCGGGCCGAACCGCAAGCUGCCCCUAAGGAGCCAUUACCGGAACUGGGGCGCCUGAUUGUUCAGAAACGUCCACUAUCAUUGCUUGAGGAACCACCUGAGAAUUGUUAGGGGGCUGCACGUGUCCUAAAAUCAGCCUGUCCUCCUACCCAAGCCAUGCUUCUGGGUGGCCUGAGACACCUGAGGUUUCAGUUGCGAAAAACAGAGUCCACCUUGACCCCGGGCAUCCGACUGCGGUCAGUGUGCAGCAGCAGCGGGCUCCCCUUCCAGGAAGGAGGAGGAAAAGCACCUUCCUUUUCAGAAACAAGAUGGAAAGACACAGCAGAGACAGUAAUCAUUGGAGGUGGCUGUGUUGGUGUGAGCUUAGCUUACCAUCUGGCCAAAGCUGGAAUGAAGGAUGUGGUACUUUUGGAAGCAUCUGAACUCACUGCUGGGUCUACAUGGCAUGCAGCAGGUUUAACAACUUAUUUUCAUCCUGGCAUAAAUUUGAAGAAAAUACAUUAUUACAGCAUUAAGCUUUAUGAAAAACUGGAAGAAGAAACUGGACAGGUGGUGGGCUUCCAUCAACCUGGAAGUAUCAGACUUGCAACAACUCCUACAAGAGUAGAUGAGUUUAAAUAUCAAAUGACUCGAACCCGAUGGCAUGCCACAGAACAAUAUCUUAUUGAGCCUGAAAAAGUACAAGAGAUGUUCCCUUUACUGAACAUGGAAAAGGUUUUGGCUGGACUCUAUAAUCCUGGAGAUGGUCACAUUGAUCCUUAUUCUCUUACAAUGGCUCUGGCUGCUGGGGCCCGGAAAUAUGGUGCUCUACUAAAAUUUCCUGCUCGAGUAACUAAUCUAAAACCCAGAUCAGAUGGGACAUGGGAAGUUGAGACCCCACAGGGAUCUAUCCAGGCUAAUAGAAUUGUUAAUGCCACAGGAUUUUGGGCUCGUGAAGUUGGCAAACUGAUUGGACUAGAACAUCCUCUCAUUCCAGUUCAUCAUCAAUAUGUUGUCACAGCAACCAUACCUGAAGUGAAAGCUUUAAAAAGAGAACUCCCAGUUCUUCGAGACCUGGAAGGAUCAUACUACCUGCGACAGGAAAGAGACGGACUUUUAUUUGGUCCAUAUGAAAGUCAGGAAAAAAUGAAGGUCCAAGAUUCCUGGGUGAUCAAUGGAGUCCCACCAGGUUUUGGAAAAGAACUUUUUGAGUCUGAUUUAGACAGAAUUAUGGAACAUGUGGAAGCUGCCAUGGAUAUGGUUCCAGUCUUGAGAAAAGCUGAUAUCAUCAAUAUUGUUUCUGGCCCUAUCACCUAUUCUCCAGACAUUCUGCCCAUGGUGGGACCACAUCAAGGUGUUAGAAAUUACUGGGUGGCAAUUGGUUUUGGAUAUGGCAUUAUCCAUGCUGGUGGUGUAGGAAAGUAUCUCAGUGACUGGAUCCUUAGUGGAGAACCUCCUUUCGACCUGAUUGAACUGGAUCCCAAUCGUUAUGGAAAAUGGACAACAACUCAGUAUACGGAGACCAAAGCGAGGGAGUCUUAUGGAUUCAACAAUAUUGUGGGUUACCCUAAAGAAGAAAGGUUUGCUGGGAGACCUACUAAAAGAAUCAGUGGGAUUUAUAAUAUCCUUAAAUCUAAGUGCUCUAUGGGUUUCCAUGCAGGAUGGGAGCAGCCACAUUGGUUUUACAAGCCUGGACAGGAGCCUGGAUAUAAGCCAAGCUUUCGCAGGACAAACUGGUUCCAGCCGGUGGGCUCAGAGUAUCAACAAGUUAUGCAAAAAGUGGGGGUGAUUGACCUAACACCAUUUGGCAAGUUUAAGGUCAGAGGCAAAGAUUCUCUUAAACUGUUGGAUCGACUCUUUGCAAAUGUGAUUCCAAAGGUGGGUUUUACAAAUAUAAGUCACAUGUUGACACCAAAAGGCAGAGUUUAUGCUGAGUUGACUGUCUGUCAGCAGUCCCCAGGGGAGUUCUUACUGAUAACUGGUUCUGGGUCAGAGCUUCACGACCUGAGAUGGAUUGAAGAAGAAAUUGUGAAAGGUGGAUAUGAUGUUGAGAUUGAAAAUAUUACAGAUGAGCUUGGAGUCCUGGGAGUAGCAGGACCAUCAGCAAGAAGUGUCCUUCAGAAAUUGACCUCUGCUGAUCUUAGUAAUGAUGCAUUCAAAUUCCUCCAAUCUAAGCCUUUAACAAUUUCUAAUAUUCCUGUUACUGCUAUUAGGAUAUCCUAUACAGGUGAACUGGGCUGGGAACUCUACCACAGACAAGAAGACUCUGCCAUGCUCUAUGGGGCCAUCAUGGAAGCAGGCCAAGAGGAAGGAAUUGACAAUUUUGGAACUUAUGCCAUGAAUGCCUUAAGAAUGGAAAAAGCUUUCAGGGCCUGGGGGUCAGAGAUGAAUUGUGAUACAAAUCCUCUGGAGGCUGGGCUAGACCAUUUUAUAAAGUUAAACAAACCAGCAGACUUCAUAGGAAAGCAAGCACUGAAACAGAUGAAAGAAAAAGGGCUGAAACGGAGAUUGGUCUAUCUCACCUUGGAGACGGAUCAUGUGGAUCCAGAGGGAAAUGAAAGCAUCUGGCAUGAUGGCAAGGUUGUUGGCAACACCACCUCUGGAAGCUACAGUUACAGCGUCCAGAAGAGUCUGGCUUUUGCUUAUGUCCCCAUGGAGCUUAGUAAAAUGGGACAGAAAGUGGAGGUCGAACUACUGGGCAAAAAUUACCCAGCAACCAUCAUACAAGAGCCACUGGUUUUGACUGAGCCAACUAGAGCUCGGCUUCAGAAAAAGGCUGGAAAUAGCCAAGUUUGAAAGAAAAUGAGGGAAGAAACUACUCUUAUUAAUCUUACAGCUGCUUUACAAAUUGUGUGACUAUGUGACUGCUCUCAGGAUUAUGAAUCACUCUAGUUCUUCUGAGAAAUAUUUUCUUUUCCAAAUUCUACUAAUGAAUUAACUUCAAAAUCAACCAAAUCCAGUUUUAAGUUCAUUCUAAAACCUUUCCUUUUCUCUCCAAACCAUUCUCUCCCCUAGCUGUUUUCUGUUUUUUAAAAGCACAUUUCAAAUAGGUUUCAUUGUCCUUUCAUAACAAAAACUUACCGGAUGAGGACAAUUUAUUUCUUAAGUUUUGUAUCAUGCAGUAUUGGAGCAGCAAAAAGAUCCCAAGAAGCUGUUUUUUUUUUUUUCCAAAAUGUAAUCACCACAAUUGUUAAAAGACAAGUAGUCCUAUGAAUUUGUAAUUUUCCUUAUGUUUACAAAUCAGUGAGAAUAGUUCUGUUUAUGUCUUACAUAAAAACAAUCAAGAAUAUUACUGUUGUGAGGGACUCUUUACUGGGCAACCUCAGAUGAUCCAAAUAAGUAAUUGUUGGAAAUGUUCACAAUGGAAAUAGUCUUAAUAGAUCUUAACUAGUUUAGUUCUUGCCUGGUUUAAUGACAGAUCUGUUCAAGUAUAAGAAAUACUAAAUGUUUUCACAAUCUCCGCCUUGAAAACAAUUCAGACAUUGUUUCAGAACAGUUCUUAUUGUCCUUUUGGAAGGUCGUUUUAGGAGAAAUAUUGCAAAGAAAGAACAUAGUCUUCCCUAGGAAUUGUUCCUUCCAAGCCUUCAGCAAAGAAACUGAAGCAUAAAUAGAUUGUGCCAGUGGAAACACGGUUUGAAUAAUGAAUACCUAUCAUUGAAGAAAGAAUUAAUGGAAGUUGACAUCACACUGAGCUGUUCUGAAUAUCAUUUUACAAAGCAGGUCAAAAUAAAGUAUAAAAGCUGA